AUGGAGUUGAUGGGUAAUGUUGAGGAUAUUUCCAUAGGUGUUAUAUCACCGACACUCGGCAGGAUAUCAUUCGCUGUCCACCUUACACGAUUGCUAGGACACAGCCAGAAUAUUAGACGAUUCCUCUAUUUCCUCAUUGCUCAAAACGCCUUGAUAAAUCUUCUGGCACUCAUACUCCUCUUCUUUCAGUGUCCCAACAUCUCCUAUAAUUGGGAUCGUGUUGGAUAUAAAGACCAAUGUUGGAGUGUCAAGACUGAAGCAGCAAUUGGUUAUUUUCAAGGAUCAUCCAGUUCCUUGACGGAUCUCGCUCUCACAAUUCUACCAGUCGCAAUGGUUUUGAAUCUACACAUCCAAUUACAUUUGAAGUUCCUCUUGUCAUUUCUCCUAGGAGUGAGUCUUUUCGCUUUCAUCGCCGCUGUCAUCAGAACCUAUUGCACAAUGGGCGACAACAAAGAUCCCACCUUCAACACGGUGAACUUUAUCGUAUGGUGCGCAGUAGAAAACUGCACCGUCAUCAUAACAUCCUCAAUACCCUUCCUCCGGCCACUUUUCCGACCAGCUCCCAAACCAUACAUUGAAGUAAAACGUCAUCCGAAUCCAGUCGUUUUGCGUCACAAAUCAAUAGAAUAUAGAAGCUCGAUGGAGAUACUCGCAGGAUCGGAAAAUAGACAGGUGGAAAUAGAUGAUAAGGAGGAUAAAGGGAGCAUUUUUCAGGUUGAAACUCAUUCGCUUGUGUAG